UGUUGUCCAGGACUAUCCAAGGAACCUAUAUAAGUGAAGGAGGAGGCUUUGAUUAUGAUCAGUCGUGGAUAUGUGCAAUGUGCAGCCUCCCUUCGCUACAAAGAAGACAUAUAGCUAUUGCUAGACUGAAGGUACCUGCCAAUAUGGGUCGUACGUCUCACGAAGUUAGGUUCUUCAUUUUGGUUUUAACACCCAGUAAAGAGAAAGGGACAAAGAACGCCCUGGAAACCGGAAGAACUUUUUCCACUAUAUUUGCAGACAUGGAGUUUCGACAACGCCUCCUGGAGGUGCAUAGUGAAGUCGAUUUUAACAAUAUCUUGUUAAAACAUGCCCAGGAUUUGGCAAACGAACAAAGCAGUCAGAAUAAACGCCUUGGAAACAACGAGAACGAAGUUGAUUACGAGUCCAGUUACAAGUGUUGGUUUGCUAAAGGCCUGUGGGAUGAUAUUCGUAGAAGAGCCUCUCAUUACGCCAGUGAUUACAAAGACGGAGUGAGAGGCCAUAAGACAAUCCAUAAGACAGUGUCAACGACAUUCUUCUUAUAUUUUGCUUGCAUUCUUCCAACGAUUGCUUUUGGAGCCCUGAAUGAUAAUAACACAAACGGGAAGAUUGGUAAGAUUUUAGUUAAUGGCAGAUUUCUAAGGU